AUGUCUUUCACCAACACACCCGUGUCCCGGCUUGGUGUGGUCGGUCUUGUGGCCGGCUCCAUCCUAGCCAGUGUCCUCGACGUCAAGCACUACUUCUACAUCCUAAUUGAUACUCACAUAUGGCGCUAUCGGCAAUUAUGGAGGCUCUUGGCCUACCAGCUGUGUUAUGUUAACUCAACCGAGGUCCUCUUUGCCGCCAUGUCCUUGUAUAACCUCAGAAUCGUCGAGCGCAUGUGGGGUUCUCGCAAGUUCGUUUCUUUCUUAACUGUCACUUAUCUGAUCACGUCCAUCAUCCCACCAAUCGUCUCGGUCGUGUUGCGACCUCUUACCGCCGGAUAUCUAAACUAUAUUCCAGCCGGCCCUACUCCCAUCAUUUUCGCUAUCCUAGCUCAGUAUCAUGCGAUGGUUCCGCACAUGUACAAAUAUCGAGUCGCGACGUCCGAGGCACCACCGACAGACCGGCCAUUCGUGGGACUUACAUUCUCUGACAAGUCCUACAAAUACGCAAUUGCUCUACACCUUGCACUAUUACAAUGGCCAGGUUCGGUUCUAGGUGCAAUCAUCGGCUGGGUCGUAGGAUAUUCGUGGCGGGAAGGCCUUCUUCCGGCUGUCCUCGUGCGCUGGCGCGUGCCAGGCUGGGUUGUGGGCCUUAGCUCGCAGAGGCGGAGCGCCGAGUUUGAAGGCCUUCGACGUCGUCUUGAAGAUGAGAACUCAACAUCAGCGGCAGCAACAGGCGCUCAGGGUUCAGCGGACGGCCAGGCAGAACGGCGGAGAACCAUGGGUCAGCAGAUCAUGGAUCAAGUUCGGGAAGUCCUUUAA